AUGUCAGCACAGAUCAACCCAGACGACGCUCUCUACGUCGACAUGUUCAUCGCCAAGAACGCCCAGACAAUGAACUUUAUCCGCUCCUCCUACUCGGCCGUCCUUGGCCUGGCCGCAGGAACCCUGGGACUCACCAACCUCUCGGGCUUUAUCUUCUACUUGCUCGGAUCCACCUUCCUCUCCGUAUUGAUCUUUGUCCUCAAAACCAAGGGCCAGUCCGGGCUUUACUUCCGUAAAUCUCUCGAUGUCUUUACCGAGGGCGUCACUGGCGGCCUCUUCAGUUAUAUCCUCUUCUGGACCUUGCUCUACGGAAUCAUUCACGUCUACGAUUAA